AUGAAGUUCACUCUCGCUAUCCUCGCCGCCCUUGCCACCGCUGUCGUCGCCCAGAACGACGGAGGUCUCGCCGACCUCAAGGCCCAGUACCCCCAGUACUUCCAGGGAGUCACCGGUCUCCAUAUCCCCGCCCAGUACCAGGGUGAGGUUCAGGCCGCUGAGAACCGAGCUGGCCAGAAGUAA